AGACAUUUUCUUUUUGGGUGUCUUGGGACAGAGAAAGAGCCGCCAGAGGCCCAGACAACCCUCAGAAUGCUGGUGUUAAGCAACCAGGAUGAGCUGCAGGUGCUGAAGAAAGAGCUGAGAUGCUGCUUCCCAGAGUCUCUGAAGGUCUAUGGAGCUGUGCUGAACAUCUGCCAGGGAAAUGCUUUUAAUCAGGAGGUGCUGGUGGAUUCCUGGCCCAACUUCCAAGUUGUUAUUGCACGGCCCCAAAGAAAGAAAAUACCAUCAGAAGCCAACUACUUCGUCCAAUCCUAUGUAGUUUUCUAUAGGCUCCUGGGUGCCUAUGAGGAACUGGUUAAAGAUACUGAUGUCCUUGACUGGAAGCAGGAAUUUCUACUACAGGGCUUGCAAGUUGGUGUGCAUCAGAUGUCUCAGAGCCUCGCUGCUGCCAGAGGUUUUUCUGCAAAACUGUUGACUAAGACCCAGGUUUUUCUUCUGCAGAACUUAUUGCCUUUGCCAGCUGCUGUAGCCAAGUCAGGUUCAGAACUGAAACUUUCAUCCCUCAAAACUGCUCAUGCUGCCCUGCUGAAUGAGACUUGGAGUGUAGGGGGAACUCAAAAGAGUCUGAAGUACUUGAUUCAGCUAAUCCAAUGCUUCCCUAGUAGUUGUCUUCUGGAUGCUGGAGGAUGCCCCAUCUCUUGGGUCUUGCUGGAUCAGUUUGGGUGUUUGACACAUGCAUAUACCAUGCCAGCUCAUCGGGGCAAAGGCUACAUUCAGGUGGUGAUAGCAGCACUGGCAAAGGAGUUACACAGCAUGGGUUAUCCAGUGUAUGGAGAUGUUCUGGAAAACAACACACCUAUGCAAAGAGCCCUGAAAUGCAUGGGAGCCCACUUCACUAAUACCUUUCUGUUCUAUGAUCUGUACGCCCCUCAGACUCUGUAGCCUUAGGCUCUCCAAACGUUCAGUCAGUUAAAAUAGAGCCAGCUCUAACCUAAUCCCAAGCUUUAGUUCAUGGCCAAUCAGAUAACAGAAAGAAAUCUACUGGCUAUUUCUGGCAAGCUGGAAAUCCAAAAAUGCAACUCCUUGAAGUGUGCCCUGCCACAGCAGCUUUUUUCUCCCCUCUUGCUUUUUCACAUAAAUUGGCUCUAAUUCAGUAAAUUGCUCAAAAGUUCAUGAAUAGCAUUUAAAAUGAAAUAUUUGGAGAACUCCAAAUGUGACUGAUGGCAAAUGACUAAGUAUGGGCUGCACAACAUCUGACUUUUUAAUACCACUGAAUUCCAAUUAAAAUAGGACACCUGCUUAUUAUUGGACAUUUACUGGCAUGAAAACAAGUACACUGGGUGGGCAAUUGCACCAGGUCCAGAGAGGGGGCUCAUUUUCUGCACAAGGAUCCUUUAAGGAUCUUCCUCCCCUAAAUGGGGAGGGGGAAUCCUGAAAUGGCCAAAGGUCUGCCUCUUGUUUAAAAAAACAAGAUAUAAUUACCAAUAAAACAAUGACUGUGCAUUUGAGAGAACAGACCGGCAUUUGGCUGUAACAGGAAAAAAGAACAUAAGGAACUCCCAUUGGUGUUGCAGGUGUUUGGCACAUUGUCAAGAGUUCAGUGAAACAUAAGCAAGUGUCAUAUUCUGUAUUUGGCCUCAGCCCCACUCCUUUUUAUCUGUUUAGAUUCUCAGAAAAUGUGAACAUCUCACCUGUGAUGUAAGCAGUGCAAUUAAAGCAAUAAUUAAAAAAAACGUUUGAAAGCAUA